CCCCAAGUUCAAGGUUCAAACUCCACGCGGCCCUUCCUGGGACCGCCGGCGACACGCGGCGACACGCGGGGAUGGAGGGGACACGCGGAGACCGCUGGGGACACGCGGGGACCGGCGGGGACACUCGGGGACCCGAUGUCCCCUCCCUGCGUGGGGACAAUUCCCCGUCACCGACAGCACCGGGGGACACCGGCUCAGCCGUGUCCCUGCCGAGCCCCCCGGGCACGGAGCGCAGCCCCCGGGACCCCCGUGGGGACACGGAGCCCGACGGGGACAAAGUGUGCGCCGUGUGUGGGGACAGGGCCAACGGGUACCACUUCCACGUCAUGAGCUGCGAGGGCUGCAAGGGCUUCUUCAGGCGCUCCAUCAUCAAAGGUGUCCGGUUCACGUGUCCCCUGGCGCGGCGCUGCCCUGUCACCAAGGCCAAGCGGCGACAGUGCCAGGCCUGUCGCCUCCAGAAGUGCCUCGACGUGGGCAUGAGGAGGGACAUGAUCAUGUCGGAGGAGGCGCUGCGGCGGCGGCGGGAGCUGCGGGGCCAGCGGGGCCAGCCCGGGGGCCAGCGGGGACAGGAGGGCCAGCGGGGCCAGCCGGGACUGACGGCCGAGCAGCAGGAGCUCAUCGCGCUCCUCAUCGCCGCCCACCAGCGCACCUUCGACUCCAGCUUCUCCCAGUUCAUGCGCUGCUGGCCCGCCGUGCGCCUGCUGGUGCCCAGCCCGCCGGGCGCGGGUGUCGCCGCGGGGCUGUCGCUGUCGCCGUGCGAGGAGGCGCUGCCGGACGUGCUGUCGCUGCUGCCGCAGUUCGCCGACCUGAGCACGUUCAUGAUCCAGCAGGUGAUCAAAUUCGCCAAGGAGAUCCCGGUCUUCAGGAGUUUGCCGCUGGACGCCCAAAUCUCGCUGCUGAAAGGGGCCACGCUGGGGAUCUGCCAGAUCCGCUACAACACCGUGUUCAACGCCGACACCAAGGCCUGGGAGUGCGGCCAGCGCUGCUACACCAUCCGCGACGGGGCCCUGGCCGGCUUCCAGCAGGUGUACCUGGAGCCGCUGCUCAAGUUCCACGAGAGCCUGCGGCGCCUGCGGCUGCACGAGGCCGAGUACGCCCUGCUGCAGGCCAUGCUGCUCUUCUCGCCAGACCACGGCGGCAUCGCCCAGCGCGACGUCAUCGACCGCUUCCAGGAGCAGGUGGCCCUGACCCUCAAGAGCUACAUCGACCACCAGCACCCCCCCCACGAGGGCAGGUUCCUGUACGCCAAGCUGCUGCUGCUGCUGACGGAGCUGCAGACGCUGAAGGUGGAGAACACGCGGCAGAUCCUGCACAUCCAGGACCUGUCGGCCAUGACGCCGCUGCUCUCCGAGAUCAUCAGCUGAGCCUGGCCCCCCGUGUCACCCCCCGGUCCCCAAGCGUCACCCCCGGCCGCCACCGGGCACAGAGUAAAGCUCCUUUAUUUA